AUGAUCUGUGUUAUUAAAAACUACAGCAUCCAGUUUGCACUGCUUUCGGUAUUUCCUGAGAGGUUGUAGUUGAAAGGUUGCGUGUGUGACUUGAAGUUCUGAACCGGGAGAGCAAGGAACAGCUAUUUAUAAUUCAUUUUUAAAAUAAAGAAGAAUCGGCGAGCGAAUAUGUCUGCUUCUAAAGAACUGCUGCAGCUCGAUCUGUAUGCUCUGCUCGGGGUGGAAGACGGAGCAGCUCCGAAAAAGAUUAAGAAAGCCUACAGACAGAAGGCGCUGACGUGCCAUCCUGACAAGAACCCAGACAACCCCAAAGCAGCUGAACUCUUCCACCAGCUCUCCCAGGCUCUAGAGGUCCUGACUGACACAGCUGCCAGGGCAGCCUAUGAUCAAGUAAGAAAAGCCAAAAAGCUAGCGGAGGAGAGAACCAGGAAACUCGACGACAAGAGGAAAAAGAUUAAACUAGAUUUAGAGGCCCGGGAAAGGCAGGCACAAGCCCACAAUCUCGAAGAGGAGGAAAUAAAAAUAACACGGACUUUGGAAGAAGAGAUAAUCCGUUUGCGAGAGGAAGGCUCCAGGCAGCUCCAAGAAGAACAGAGGCUUAUAAAGGAACAGAUCCAAAGAGAGAGGGAAGUUGGAGCAGGCGGAGGGCACAGACCACCAGGCACGCAGCAUGGAAUGAAAUCCGACAGCAACGUGACCCCCAAAUUAAAAUUAAAAUGGAAGAGUAAGAAAGGUGAUGAGACCAACGGUGGAUAUUCCCAUGAUGUUCUCCUUGGGCUUCUCCACAAGUAUGGUGAGGUGUUAAAUGUCCUCGUAUCUACUAAGAAGACUGGCAGUGCAGUUGCAGAGUUUGCUACAGUCAAAGCAGCAGAGCUAGCUUUUAAAAAUGAGCAUGGCUUAACAAGUAACCCUCUGAAGAUCUCAUGGUUGGAAGGACAGCCUGCACCAGCUCCCAGCCAUCUCUCUGACACCAGCACACAGGGCUCUGUGUGCAUGGCCAGGGACUACGAGAGUGUGGUGAUGAUGAGGAUGAGACAGGCGGCGGAGAGACAGCGACUCAUUGAGGAGAUGCAGAAAGAAGAUGAAGAGGACACACAGACAUAGCACAAAGAGGACCCGAGCAUUCACACUACUUUAAUUUUAAUAAAACCCUUUUUUUUAUAUUUAUAAAAAUGUUAUUUUCUUUUUGUAGAAAUUAUUAAAAAUCCAACAAAAGUGAAACGUAGGUUUGGGGUUAAAAACCUGCUGAAAUGCUCAGGGAAUGCUAACAAAGGUUUUACUGUCGGUAUCAUUGUGAAACCUAUUUUAGUUAGUGGUAUGAAUGAUGUGGUUUACUUUUCAUAAUGCAUUAUUUGUGAUUAUGUUUUUGUCACUUCUAGAUUCAUUUUAGAAUCUAAAUAAAUCAUUUUCAGGAAGCCAGAAUUUCCAAUAUAAUAUAUAUAUUUUAA